UGAAUUAUUUCCCCUACUGUAAUAUCUGAAUCCAGCACAGAAGCGACCUGCCAUGGAUUCUCUGUACAUUUGACCACUGCCAAGCACUGCUUUAAAUUGAUGGAAUAAACAAAAGAGAAGCAUUCUGUCUUUAACGACAUUGCCAUCUUCUGAUUGUCUUGUUGAAAGACGGCACCAUUUCCCGCUCUUCUCUGGUAAGUUGAUUCGAAUAUCCGAAAGCAUAUCUCCUCUGAUAUCCUUAGAAUCUUCUCCCUUCCCAAUAAUGCAGAUCCAACAGAGUGCAAGAAGACUGCCUUUCAUUGGGUCAUCCAUCUUAAUCCUCAUUCCCAUGUUCUUUAAUCAAUUCUCUGAUAAACCCUAUUUGGCUUUCCCCCUUUAAAUUCUCACCAGUCACCUUCAAUCUCUUACUUCCCGAACAAGCUUCGUAGGAAAUACUUGCCUAGUUGAUUUUUCCAACCCUGUUUGUUCAUCAAUGGAGGCUCCUCCGUCGCCGUCUCAUGUUGUGAUCGCUUAUGAUGCUACCAAAGAUCGCAGCGAGCAUGAGCUCGAGCUCACUGUUCAUGGUUUGCGGAUGAGAGGGGACAUUCUUCGUCCUGGCGAUACGCUUCUCGUGCUUGCAGUUUUGCACAAGGUGCCUCAUCCCAUGGGUUACACGCUCAAGCCAUGUUCGGAAUCUUUCUUUGGCGCCACUGAUCGUGCUAUUGAAGAGGAAGUUACGAAGAAAGUUGAUCAGUAUGUAAAUAUGCUCUUGCAAAGUGCAGAAGACUGUGAAGAUGAAGGGGUAUGCAUUGAAGUUAAAGUUACAGCAGGAACUCCGCUUAGGAAAGUGAUUUUACAAGAAGUGGUAGGGUGUAAAGCAACGUGGGUUGUACUUGACAGGCAUCUUAGACGGGAUUUGAGAUUUUAUCUGAAGCAGAUACCUAGUAGAGUUGCAUGGAUUCAAGACAGCUUGAUCGUGCAGAUUUUGAGAGCUCAGGUGACAAAUGAAACUGAUCCAAUAGACCAUAAGGCGUUUUACUCAAUGUCCAAGCCUGUUCCUGUAUUGCUGUCUCAAGGUAGUGCCAACCAAGAGCAGUCAGUCAUCUCUGUUGGAAACUAUUCUUUAUCAAUAGGUUCCCUGGAAAGCUCUGAUAUGCAUAAGAGUAUUAUUCAUCAGCCUAUGUCUUCAUCAAAAUCACGAGAACAUACUCAUCUGUCAGAUUUUGCGAAUUCUCACAAGCAAGAAAAAUCAGACAUCAGAGGAGAUCAUGAAUAUUCCUUUGCUUCAAAUAACAUACUGAAGCAACAAAAUAAAGUCAUCCGGCAGAAGUCCUCAGAAGCACCUCUACUUUGUGCUGGUUGUGGGGCAAGAACUGAACUGUAUAUCCAGGAUUCCAUGAAAUUCACUUUUCCUCAGAUUCAGCUUGCAACAAAUGACUUUGCAAAGGAGAACUUAUUAGGGGAAGGAGGAUAUGGUUAUGUAUACAAGGGUGAGCUUAAAGAUGGACAGCUGAUUGCAGCAAAAGUACGAAAAGAAGCCAGUACACAAGGAUUUACAGAAUUUCAUUCAGAGGUGCAUGUCUUAAGUUUUGCACGCCACAAGAACAUUGUAAUGCUGUUGGGAUCUUGUUGCAAGGAGAACCUAAACAUUUUGGUGUAUGAGUAUAUUUGCAACCAGUCUCUUUAUUGGCAUUUAUUUGACACUACAGCACCUGGUCUUGAUUGGCACCAAAGACGUGCUAUUGCCCUUGGCACCGCAAAAGGUUUGCGUUUCCUACAUGAAGAAUGUCGUGGAGGCCCUAUAAUUCAUCGAGACAUGCGACCCAGCAAUAUACUCCUGACUCAUGACUAUGUUCCCAUGCUAGGUGACUUUGGCCUUGCCAGAUGGAAGACAAAUGAUGAUCCAGUGCAGACAAAGAUACUUGGCACACUAGGAUACCUUGCGCCAGAAUAUGCGGAGAAUGGAAUUGUUUCAGUAAGAACUGAUGUCUAUGCAUUUGGCAUUGUUUUGCUGCAACUUAUGUCUGGACGGAAAGUAAUUGAUGCAAGAGAAGGGCAAGAACAAUCUAUACGCCAAUGGGCUGAACCCAUAAUCGAAACGCUUGCAUUGCAUGAGCUCAUUGAUCCCCGCAUUGGAGAUUUAUAUGACACAUACGAAUUGUACCUCAUGGCCAAAACUGCAUACUUGUGUGUUCAAAGAAGGCCUGAAAUGCGUCCCUCAAUGGGAGAGGUUGUUCGUCUUCUUGAAGGGGAUAAUGAUCAUCUCCAUCAUGCAGGAGAGCAAUUUAUACCUCACUACACAAAGCUAUGAGAAAGAUGGCAUAAAUUGUGUGCAUUUUGCAAAUGCUGUCAUUUGCAGUUAUCUGUUCAUAAGUCCCUCCUAAUUUUUUAUUUCUUAAGUUUCUGAAUGGGAAGUUCAAUACACCAUAGCAAUGGUUAUGUAUAGGAUACAGUUAUCUUAAUGUCCCGUUAAGAAGAAUUGUCUAUUCAAUAAAAUGAGUAGAUUUUUAGGGGUGAAAGUAAAUGCGUGGCAUUGAUGUUAGGUCUUCCCACUCGGUCUUGUACAAAUGACAUUGGUUUGGUUGUGAUAGUUAAUAUACGAGAAAUCCAUCUGCCAUUAGGUUGCCUGCUCUCAUGUUAAAUAGAUAGAAUCCCCAUUCAAUUACUUGGAAAA